GACGGCCGCUGCUGAACGGACGCAACAUGGCGGAGCGAGGCGGCGAGCGGCCGCGGUCCAGCCGGUCCCGUUCUCCGGUACCGCAGUAAGAACAGAGCGCCCGGUGCCAGCGCAGCUCUCCGGGCUCGUGAAGUCAAGGGGGCGGUUGGCUUCAACACGACGAGGAGAAAAACUGUCGAGGAAACGAUCCGCCAGUGAGGAACCGGAGAUGAGCCGACACACAACAGACGUCCAGGGGUCGGUGCAGGAGUGCGUCCCCUCCCCGCCGCUGCCUGCUGAUCAUGUGCUCGACUCCGGAGCCGUGCUAUUCCCCGGUGCUUUUGAUCAACAUGGCUGCCCUUUGAUCGUGUUCCCAGUGGACGGACAAGCCAGGCUCUCCUCGGGACUCGGCAAAGCAGAAGUGGUGGACUUCAUCAAUUACUUUCUGUGUCUGCACAAUAAGAAGCAGGAGAAGGAGAGUUUGGUGUCCGUGGUGGCUGACCUGAGGCAUGCCUCGCUCCCUACGACCAGGUUCAUCGCAGAGACCCUGCUUCUGCUUGAGCUGCACAAGCGGACAGUCCACAGUGUUUACAUAAUUCAGCCCAAAAAGAAGGAUGCGGUCAAGCUCCUGCUGAAACUCCUGGCUCCAGCCAAGUCCCGCACUGCCUCUUUCAAGAAAGUCCUUUUGAAAGAAAUCUCGGAGCUCUCCAACUACAUUGACCGAAGCCAGCUAACAGCAUCGUUGGGUGGCUACCUUGUUUACUGUCACGAGAGCUGGGUUGCCUUCAUUAAGGAGAUCGAUGCCUUUCUCCAGGAGUUCCUGUCUGUGGUCCAGCGGCUGCCCUCGAGUAUCUCCACCCUGCAGGCUCUGUCCAGGCUGCCGCUGCCCACCACCUUCAGAGAGCUCCGACACUUCUGCUCCACCAACGAGGCCAGGUUCCAGCAACUCAGGAGGGAGCUGGGGCUGGAUGAGCUGCUGAGGCACUGUGAGAGCGUGGUGGAGAAGCUGCGUUACCCUGAGAAGGAGCCGUGCUACCAGGCGAUGGCUGGCACUGCCCUCUUCACCCACACCUCCUUCGACAUGCUCCAGAAUCACAGCAGGAUAACUGCAGCGGUGGAGAAAGUGGAGCUGCUGUGGCAGCAGGCCUUUUCUCAGGCCCGUCUGCAGCUGCAGGGCUUCCAGCUGCGAGAGGAUGCGCUGCAGAUCACAGAGCAGAUCGAAACUCUUCUUCAAGAGAAGCUCCAGCCUUACAAAAUAGAGAUUGCCAAGGAUGCUGCAAGGGCAGUGGCGUUGGUGUCACACUUUGAGGCGUCCAUUCACACUCCUGCUGUGGCGCUUGUUCGCUGUGCUGAAGACGUGAUCCACACGUUAGCGGAGAUCCUGCCGUUCGAGGGUCAGAGCAGGGAGCGCUGGGUUCUGGAUCUGGAGAGGCUGAAGGAGAAGCUCCACUCUGCUGCACACUUCAUACUCCAAACCCUCAGAGCAGUUUCCAACUACCAUCACUACUUCAACAAGGCCAACAGCUGGUACAGUCUGGUCCUCUGUGAGAAUUUCCUCCAGGAGCUGCUGUCAGGUCUUCAUACAGAUGAUGUUCCAACACAUCGUCAGAAGAGGAGCUGGGGCACGAUCCCUGCAUGGAGGCACAAACUCUCCGCUUUCCUGAAGAAGAACCCCCCCCCGCAUUUGGAGGAGCUGGUUCAUCUGGCUCAUCUGUCUAAAGUCAUCCCAGACGAUGCGGUCCAGCAGGCGGGCAAGCACAUGUCUGAGCGGUGCAUGACCCUGAGGAAACUUCUAAUAUCUCCAGGACCUGUGGAUGUGGGUCACCUCCAGCUGGCCUUACAGUGGCAGUAUGAGUUGUUGCGGAGCAGCCAUGUAACUCCGUCCUCUGCUGACAGUGCUACAUACAGAACAGCCAAGGAUGUUCAGGACAGCCCGUCACAGUCCAACCUCACUAAAUGUGAAAGUGGUAAACGAGCAGCACAUCUUCUUGGGACAUCUCCUUUGACUGCUGUUUCUGGGACUGUGUCAGCCGAGGGCAAACCCCCCUCCCUCAGCUCAUUCGACUCAAGCUUGGAUGGAGCAGGGAGCAGCCAGCUGGAGGCCUGGGGAGGGAGGGAAGGAGUGGAAGGUCUGUCUAGACUAGCUGAGACCAGGGACUCUAUGAGACCUGUCAUGAGCCAUCCCCAAAUCCACGAAGAGAACAUCUCAUGUGUUUCAGAUCCCGAGGAUCAGAGAGAGCAGUCUGACUUCGGAUCUGUGGGAAACUCCUCUAGGGCUAGCAUCCAUAUCAUCCCUAAAGUAACCACGGAUUCCCUCAACUUUGAGAUCAAAGUGAAGCGCUCCGCUGCACUACCUAAUAAUCCUUGGCUUAGCUUGCCGGUAGACGAUCUGGAAAACUCAUACACUGUCACCAUCACACACAACCCCACCCCACAGAAGACAGAUCACCGCACCAGUGCCAACCACUCCAACAGGUCUCGAGAUCAGCCCACGAAGACGGAGUCGCUGAGCAGCACACAGCCCAGAGGACCACGGAGCAGGGACUGGAUACUACAUUCACAAAACAGUUUUGAGGAUCCUGAAUUAAGUCCCAUCUGCAACAUACUCUCCAGCACUAUUACAGAUGGAAGAGACAAGUCCAUCUGCACCACAGAGGGGAUUCCUACUCUUCUCUGGGAUUCUUAUGACCUCCAUGACCAGAAUCAGGAUGCUGUGGAUGGUGUGAUCGAUAAGGACUGGGAUGAGAAUGAGCAGGAGGGGUUAAGGGAGGUGGAGAAAAUCCUGGGCAGGGCUGAUGAAAUACUGGAGGAAGAAGAAAAUGUUCUGGCUCAGGAGGCAGUGCUGGAGGCCCUGCUGAGGUCGGAGGACAGGCACCAUCAUUGGCCACCGUGGGACAGUGAGGACCAGCACGGUGUGAUGUCAUCCAGUGAGUUGAUGGAAGCUGGCGUUCUUGGCCUUGAAGACUACCUUCACCCUGCAGAAUAUGACAACCCCAGUGAACCCAGAUCAACUGGAUCUGAAAGUGAAACUAGGGCUUCUGAAGAUGAUGGCCACUGCACUGAAGCUGCAACAGAAGCAGAUACAGCACCAUUUCACAGCAGGCAAGACCUGCUGACUGAGCUAAGGACAGUCCACAUUCUGGACGAGUUGAUCAUGGAGGAGAACCUGAAGAUCCACGAGCUCCGACGCUGUGAAGAAAUUCCCAACAACAAACUCUCAGGGAGCAAACCUUCAGAUACAAACGGGUCGUCAAGUGCGAGCAAAGAAAGGGAGGCUUUCCGGUUACAACUGGAAAAGGAGAAAAGGGAGGUGGAGAAGCUUGAGAAGUGUUUGGAGAAAGAACGCAAAAAAGUGAAGGAGCACAAGGACCGAGCUAGAAAGGUUGUAAAAUGUUCUAUAAUGGACAAGGCUAGAAUUGAGAAUGAGGAGGACCGGGCACUCUGUGAUGAACUUUUAUCAGAGGGCAGUAAUAGAUCACAGAGAACACAUUCUGCAUCUUUGGACCAGAGAGAGGAAACAUCUAAGACUGAAAAUAUUCAAGCAGAAUUGGUUCCUGGUGUUGCCGAAGAGGCUACACCACAAGAAAGUGUGCCUCAAUGUCAAGAUCUUACCCGGUCUGAGGCUGAUCCAUCUGGAUGUAAUAACACUACCUUAAAUAGUACCUCUGAUUUGAAGCAACCUGCUGAAGAGUUGGGAACCCAACCUCAGGGAUGUGUCUUUGGGAAAGAAUUAGACGGAUCUGGUGAAAAUGCUAACAUAUGCAAACAAGAAGCUUCUUUAUCCCCUGAAGUGAGGCCAGAUGAAGGAGCUUUUGACCCAGGUGGAAAAUCACUCCUUCCUCCUGUGCCUAUGCCAAGAAAAGCUUUACUUCCUGUGAAUGACAACCUUGUAGAACACAAAACUCCUUGUUCCACAGAGCCGCUGAAUGCAGCUCUGUCCUCAGUGGCUCAAGAUCCUGGUUCUGUGCAGCUUGAUCUACAAGAUAAAUCACUGGAAUCACUGCCAGAGAAUGUGAGUCUAGCCAUCAGUCACAACGUUCUCGAUCCAAAUGUAAAGGAAAGCAACAACAACAAUAACAAUAACCAGCCAGAGAAAUGUGGGCUGUCAUUAGAGCACUUGUCUGAAAUAACCACUGAAGAUGAGGAGGAUACUUCAGUGGUACCUGCAUGUUUACUACCGACAGAUAUGCACCCUACAGUGGAAAUCCAGACUUUAUCUCCUGUGGAUAAGUGUCCACAGUCAGUACAGUCAGCACCACAGCUGCCUCCUGACCAGCCUCUGGAGUUUGACCCUGGUGGAAGAGACGAGCUGAAUGAAGACUUGCCUGAUGGUGGUCAGAGCUCUGAGGUCUUGAGGAUAUCGGGCUCGGGGUCACCCGGGACUGAGGCCCAGUUUAACAUCAACACGAGAGAGAUGAUGGAUUUUAAGACCCCCAUAGUACUGGACACUGGGUCUGGUUUGAUGAAGGCAGGAUUUGCAGAUCAAGACCAUCCAAACAUUGUAUUCCCAACAAUAAUUGGGAUGCCAAAAUAUGAGGAAAUAAUGAAUGGUAACCUUGAAAGGGAGACCUAUAUUGGACAUGAGGCUCAACACAUGAGAGGGGUCCUGGCUCUGAAGCACCCCAUAAAGAACGGGAUCAUUUGUAACUGGGAUGAAAUGGAAAAGAUCUGGCAUCACACGUUCCAGCAGCUCUGCGUGGAUCCAGAGGAUCACCCUGUUCUACUGACGGAGGCAGCCAUGAACCCCCUGGAGAACCGACAGCGCAUGGUGGAGAUCAUGUUUGAGUGUUUCAAUGUUCCCUUCACGUAUGUGGCCAUGCAGGCAGUGCUGGCACUUUACACGGCGGGAAGAUCCACUGGUGUGGUGUUUGACUCUGGGGACGGAGUGAGCCACAGUGUGCCUGUGUUUGAGGGAUACUGUCUACCUCAUGCAGUGCAGCGCUUCCCUCUGGCUGGUCUGGAUGUUACGAUGCAGCUUAAAAAGCUUCUGCAGGAACAGGGGGUGAGCAUGCGCACCACAGCAGAGAUGGAGAUAGUGAGGGAGAUGAAGGAGAAGUGCUGCUGUGUGGCUCUCAACUAUGAAGCUGAGCUGGCCCAGGGGGGGUCCUCCUGCAGGGAGAUGUAUUACACCAUGCCAGAUGGACAGAUUGUCACCCUCAGCACGGAGCGGUUCAGGGCCCCAGAGAUUCUGUUUAAACCCGAGAUGAUUGGACAGGACCAUUGCGGGAUGCACGAGAGCAUCUUCAAGUCAAUCGUCAGCUCAGACAUCGACCUGCGGCGCUGCUUCCUGGGAAACGUUGUACUGUCAGGUGGGAAUACUCUGCUGCCUGGCCUGCCUGAGCGGCUCCAGGCUGAAAUCAAAGGCCUGGUGCCCGCUGACGUGGGGGAGAGUGUUCGCGUCAGCAGCCCCAAAGACAGAGACUUUUCAGUGUGGAGUGGAGGAGCGGUGCUGGCCAGCCUGCCCACCUUCAGCUCCGCGUGGAUCAGACAGGAAGAAUAUGCGGAGUUUGGCCCGCAGAUCGUCUUCAGGAAGUGCUUCUGAGACGGACUGCUGUAAAGUCUGCAAGCCUGACUCCUGUGUAAUGUACCACUUAAAUUUAUGUCACCAAGUGCAAUAUAUUCAUAGCUCUAAAGUAGUGCCAUGGGUCGGUCUGAGCCAUUAUAACCCCUUUUAAAUCUUUGUCUGCUGUCCUGAUCUUUUUCUGUGGCGUCAGUUUUACCCCGGUCAUCAGUGUGGAUCUUGACUUGUGAGCUCUUACUUGACACCAGCAGGUUUCUGUUGACCUGCUGCUUUGCUUUAUGCCUUUUUAAUCCGUUGAGAUCCACCAAUAUGGCGAGGCUGGAAUUGAAGUUUGUCAUAAAAGUCCUGUCAGUUAACGUUGACGGUCCUCGACAACCGUUUUAACUGUCUUAACUUUCCCAUUCUGGGAAUGUGUUUCUAUGACCCGAGAAUUUAAGUAUAUUGAUGUCUGUGGUUAAGGCACUAGAAUUGAAGCUGGCCUUUAAUUGAUGUCUACCAACUUUGAUUCCUGAAUAAGCGCUUGAGGGACGUGUAGAAGAAACUCACUGUGCUGACUCCAAAUAUAUUUAUAUAUAUAUAUGUAUGUAAUGAUCUAAUAUCAAAUGACUGUGUGUUCAUACAACCAUUUAAAUUUCCUAUAAAAUGGUCUUUUUAUGUGUUAGACAUGGUGAAGGUCGCAUUCAUUUUUGAAACUUGGAUCAAUGCAGCUGUUCAAUGUUCACAAGUACAAUUUUUAACUAUAACAGCAUUGGAGGAUCUUUAUGAUGGGGCAUUAGGGACACUGUUAGGAAAGAAAUAGUUGUCAUAUUAUGACUUCUCAAAUAGUGGAUUUUUUUUUUUUCUGUUAAUAUUGUUUUGUUGGCAAAAAAUUUUUUCUUAAAAUGUUACUUUUUUCCCCCCUCCAAAAUUACGUUUUUGUCAAAACAUUCCAAUUUUUUUAAUAUUUUGACUUUUUACUCGUGAUGUUGACUCACAAGUCAUAAUUUUACAACUUUUUUCUCAAUAUUGUGUACUGUUGAAAUAUUAGGACUCUUCUCCAAAAUAUUCCUAUUUCUUUUUCCCCCCUGUAAUGUCAUGACUCAUAGGACCUUUUUUUGUCAUAGUAUUUCUUUUUUCUCGCAAUGUUGAGACUUUUUUAGUAAAAUGAUGGCUUUCUUGUAACAUUA